AUGUCUGGUUUCACAUUAGGUCAUUCGUCUCUCAAAAAAACAACAAGUUUCUUACAUAAUAGUAAUGUAACGAAUAAGAAUUUGGAUUUGGAGGAUAGUACCACGUCAGUAUCAUCUCCCUCAAGCGAUGAUGAUGGACGCAAUACAAGUGGUGGUGUCAUUUUGGGAACCAACAACCCAGUGCAUUCGGGUGAUUUUUCAGAGCAACGUCUCUUGAUGCAGAAAUUUAAUUUACCAUUCACAACUCGACCUUCAGAUGGCAGAAAAAUUAUCAAACCUACACGACCAUUGACAACACCUGUCAUUAAGAUUAAGCCAGGAAUUUAUCGAGAACAAGUCAUUAUUGAUCGAAGUGUUGUGUUAAAAGGAAUGUCGGAAGGAAAGUCACAUGUCAUUCUGUACAAACCAAAGGAUAAAUAUCAUUGUUUACAACUCGGAAUACAAACCUCAACAACCUGGGCGCAUACAAGAGUUCCUUCGAAACAUCCACUUGGAGUGGUCGUGUUGAGAGGAUCGAAAUGUGACAGCACCAUUGAACAAUGCACUUUUAAGGGUGUGACACUGGAGAUUUGUGAUAAGGCAGAUCCAACCAUUACAGGCAACACAAUUCGUGACUCGCCUCAAGCCGGAAUUCACAUUCAUUCAGAUUCUCAUGGAACCAUCACAGAGAAUGACAUUUUUGGAAAUUUAGAAGCAAACAUCUUGAUCGAGAGAGGAGGAAAUCCAGUCAUUGAGAAUAAUCAAAUUCAUGAUGGACAUCAAGAAGGUAUUCGAAUCGUGGAAGGUGGAUUGGGAAAUAUUGUAAAUAACAACAUUUAUAGCAAUAUGGGAUCCAACGUUUAUAUAGGAACAGGAGCCGAUCCUCUCAUUGUCCUGAAUAAGAUUCUUUCAAGUGAACAGAGAGGUAUAGAAAUUGCAGCACUUGCCAAAGGAAAAUGCAGAAAAAAUCGAUUGAGUGGCAACAAGAAGGAUCCUCAAAUAUUAGUUUCAGAAACUGCAAAAACGAUUUUAAAAGACAAUGAAAUCAAAACCAACACACAGAAUAGUUCUACUUCUCCCGUUUCCAUGAAGGCCUCUCCCACGAAAUCUCCCACACUUUCUGGAUCUCCCUCAUACACCUCGUCACCGAUUCGAAUGGCCACCAUUCAACAACCACCUUCGCAUACGGUUCACGUUCAACAACAGAAACAGCAAACACAAGGUCAGAGAUUAUCAUCUUCAUUGCCAGUCUCGUCGUCAUUAUCUUCAGCGUCUAUUGCUUCUCGUAGCACGGGAGUAUCCUCAACAUUGAAUGUUCAAUCAAGCAAGUCCAAUAUGCAACAACAGCAAUCACCGACCAUCCAAUCCAAUCCAUCAACAAUGACGACAGCAACGACUGGAAAUUAUUUGAACAAGUCAACAUUAUCUACCAAGUCAUUGACAUCAUCCUCUCAAACAUCACCACCUCAAGUGACUGCAUUGAAUCUCAGCUCGUUCAAUUCUUCUUCAGGAAAUUCCAUUUCGAAUAAUAGUUCAAAUGCUCCUCCUCAACGCACCUCACCACUUUCUGUACAAUCCUCUGUGAAUAAUAGAAACACGACAUUGUUGAAAUCCAACCUUAAUAAAUAA